AUGCACAAGUACUUUAUCAGCCACAGUGAUCCCGUGACACUUAAGAGCGAAACGAGGUGGUUGAAAGUAGAUGAUGUUACCUUAGUAACAAAAGAAGGAGAAAAUGACCGGCAGCAAAAGGCAAAGGGUGACAGUGGGAGACCAAAUGAUACUUGCACAGGCCAUGAAGCCGAUUCCCCCGGCCAACCAGUCAAGCAAGCAAGAACAGACAACGCCAGUUUGUUAGAGGCCAGCAUCGAUCAGAUGUUCUCCUCGGAAAAGCUUGAUGGUGACACUGUUAACUUGUAUUUUGACUUUUUGAGAAAUAAUCGAGCAUUUGGAGGAGGGAACUGGGGGUUUGCAAGUAUAGAGAGGCAAGGCAGCGAACAGAUGUACCACAAUCAACCUUUUCACAGAGGUCAUCUGGUCCCUGCACGUACUAUGUCGAUUGAUCGAUCGCACUAUAAAUCAACUUACAAGUACACAAAUGCUGUUCCACAGCUUAGACCCUUUAACCAAGGCUCAUGGUCCCGAUAUGAGAUGAGGAUACGGAGGUACGCUCGAAACACUUGCACCAGUCAAGCGCAUAGGAAUGGAGUGUUAUAUCUUUUAACUGGCCCCUCGUUCGUUCAGCUUCACCAUGCGAACCCCGUGGGGUUCGGCCUGGGUCCAGCAAUUCAGCGAUUAGGAGGAAAUAAUCCAGGUAUAGUAAUACCACACUCAAUGUGGACCGCUGGUUGCUGCGUGGGUGCUAAUGGCAUAGAAAGUUUUGCUGUCAUUGGGGGCAACUUACCACAUAUUGCAUCUAAUACACAACAAAUAACCGUACAACAACUGCAAGAAAUCCUGAGCGCUGACGUAACUCACCGCAAUUUCGGCGGAUCAAAUGUAAAUCUGUUUCCAGGAAAUGUCAACUGUGCGAAUAAUAAUAACAAUCUUGCUCACCUUCCACAGGCUGUACAGGGAGACUGA